GUUAUAAAAAGCUGUGAUGAAAUUUUAACACGGAUUUUCCUUUGAUAGUGUGUAUUGGGAAAAACGUAGCUGUUUGCACCAACUACUGAAAUUUAUAUUUAUGUGCACUUUUAAGCGCGCAGUUUGUGUGUGAUGUUUUUAUUGGCUUUAUUAGUUUUCGUUAGAUUUCUAUCCUCAUUGUCUUUAGACUUCAGUACUUCGUUAUCAAUCUUGGAUGGCGACUCAUGGAUUUUCACAAGUUCAAAAACUAUUUAUCUUGGACGACCUUUAAAGCUGCGAUGUUCAGCUACCAGUCCGGAUAAUAUAACUAUCAGCCGCAAGGAGUAUGACAGAAAUGUAACGACACAACUGAUAACAAAAUUCGGGAGCGAAGUUCAGUGGGAAAUCGGUGAAACUGGGUUCUCUGAAUCUGGUGUUUAUGAAUGUAUCUCUAGAGGGAUCUCAAAUAUACUCACAGUGUAUAUAUAUUCAAUUAUUGGGACAAAUGAUGUCACUGUGCCAACAAUAGAAUAUCUAGAUAAAAUAGGAAACUUUAACUUCACAAGAAGACAGCUGGAUGAUAAUACAUUUCUAGAUAUGGAUCGCAAUUGGAUGUCAUGUACAUGUGUUGUUGGGAGUGUAAAGUUAUUAGAUAUUGUCACUGUCACUUGGAAAGGAGGCCUUUUUGGUGAUUGGUCAGUUAACCAUAGCCAAAUAAACCAAGUUUAUUCCCGGAUAACAACAAGAGACCCAUCAAUUAGGGCCAUUAGAGCCCGUCUUCGACUUAAUUUGCCGCUCCUUGAUCAACGAAUAUUUGGUCAGUAUCAGUGUUUAUUUAGUUUUUCAAAGUCAGAAUAUGCUGUAGCAACAGUUCAUUUAAAUGUACCUCCCAUUUUACGUCUGAUUUAUGAUCCCCCACCGUUACCUCCGUCUAAUUCAUCUGGUCGUUAUACGUGUAUGAGUAGUCCAUGUCAAUUAUCAGUUCAUGAAAAUAAUUCAAAUUGGACAAAUGCUUGUGAAAUUGUUGUAGCUUAUCCGUUAGUAAAAUCUAAAAAUUUUGCUUGGGCAUGGACACAACCACAAUGGGCAGGUUACAUUAUAAGACGAGUGCAAGAAGUGGGCAAAGCAAAUGUACUUUCUGAUUUUUCGAUGUUAUUAAACGAUGGUGAAACAGACGGAUAUGGACCAUGGCAAGUAUUAGAGCGUAGGCGUAGAUUAGCUACUAUUGAUAAUGAAGUGAAGAGUUCUGAUCUAGCUAAAUCUGGCCCCAUUCUAUUUUGGUGUUGGGCUAAAAAUGACAUUGGAGAGACAACAACGUGGUGGCCUGGUCCUGUUGAAAAUUAUGGAUAUUCAAUUUGGUCAUCUGUUUGGUGGCCUUUACUUGGUGUUUCACUUGAAUUAUUAAGUUUAGUCAUAGUAUUUGCAUUUUUCCGUUAUUGUCGUCGACAAAGAAUUCGUUAUGGGCUAAAUAAUGAUACAACGGAGACUGUAGCUUCAUUCGGUCGUUCACGUCUACUAGACAUAGAUGUAGAUGGAGAUCAAGUUGAAAUGAUGAAAGUAAUUAAUCCUGCAUCUAUAACCAUUUCAUCAACAUCAUCCAAUUCAUCAUAUAAUUUGCAUACUCGUGGACCGAUACCUUAUAUACGUUUAUGUAAUCAAAAAAUUAAUCAUAUGAAGGAUAAACAUACCGCUAAUACUACUACUAGUACUGCUGCUACGGAUAAUCAUGGCAAUGAUAAUAAUAAUCAUGAUUUAACAAAAGCCAACAUAAAUAAUCAAGUGACCGGUGGUUAUUCAAAUUCUAGUUUAAUUCAAGAUUCAAUAGAUGCUGAAGUUGACGCUAUGGUGGUCAAUGUACAAAAAUUAUCAAAUGAACAUGAUUUAAAUGCUGAUGAUGAUUAUUUUUGGGAUUCUGAUACUGGAAAUAACGAUGAAGAUAAACGAAUUAAAAUAAGGAGUAAUCAUCAAACACUUGCUUAAUGUUAUAAAUAUAUACUGUACGUGGAAGAAAAAAAUUCAGUGAUCAUUUGGAAUGAAAAAAACCUCACUUAAUCUAACAAAAGUAUGAUUUAUAAUUCUGAAAUGUCUACAACUGCAUAUCAUAAUCAUGAACCUAUCAAAUUAUAGUUUCAAUUGAAGAAUUACUUCUCUUUAAUUCUAUUUAUAUCUUAAUGGAAUGUUAUCUGUCCAUUCAAAUAUAAUACGUUUCCAUUCAAAUAUUAAUAAAAUAUGUGUAUCAUAGUAAUAAUAAAGUUAUGAGGAAAUAUGAAUAUAUAUAUAUAUGCAUAUAUAACAGAUUAAUAUUGGUGGGAUUCGAUCCGAAAAUGAGGUUAGUUCAAUUAUGGUUCUAAAAAAUAAAUAAAUAAACAAUUAUUGUUUAUUAUUAUUAUUAUUAUUGUUUCAUUCAUUCAUUAUUGACAACGUUUAAUCACUAUGAUUAUUGCAUUUAUUUAAAUGGAUUAAUGAUUGUUUAUCUGUAUAUUUAAACUUCUUUCAUCUUUUAAUCAUUUCAUUAUAAUUGUGCAAUAAAUAGAGAGAGAGAGAGAGUAAUUAAUGUCUUAAAUAUUUCAUUCCUUAGGAAAAUACACUUGAAGGCUUAUGUUGUACAUUAUUAUUAUUAUUAUUUUAUAUAGAAUUAUGUUUUUUAUAUUUACAAGUCAUCUUGGUGUUAUUCAUUCAGUUGAAUAAACUUUAAUUUACAGUUGUCAACUGUAAAAUUCCUCUGCAUAUUUUAUUGUGAUAUUUAACAUGACUAUUAUUAUUACUAAUUGUUUACCUGACCUAAUCAUAUCUCUUAACAAUGAUGUUGCUUUCUCUUUGAUUCUUAUUGUCAACUAACUAUUUAUUGGUGUCUCUUUUUUGUUGUUUUCUUUCAGUUCUCAAAGUUUUAUCAAAUUUUUACAUUUUCAACUGGAUUUCAAUAAUACAAGUUUCAUAUGUAUGUAUAUUUGUUUAUGUGUGUGUGUGUGCGUCUGCAUUUACUUUCUUUUCUGUUCAGAUUAUGCUAUGAAUGUCAAUAAAACCAUUGGAAGUGAAUUCGUUUUUGAAAAGUUCUAAUUCUAAAUUAAUGCCUUGUUACAUAGUAAUUGCCCCCAAAUGCCCUGGUAUGGCCGAGAGUGGGGUGGUCCAGCCCUCCCUCUCGAAACGCUCUCACAUGGCCACGCGUAUACAGCCUCUGCCACGGAAGUCCUACUCAC